AUGGAUCAAUCAAACAAGAGACAAUUAGCUAAAGUUUUUAAGCUAAAUAAUAAUGAAUGGGAAGAACAUGGAACAGGUGUAUUUAAACAAUUCAUAAAUGGUAAUUGUGUUCAUAUUGAAAUUACCUCUGAGGGGAAAUCAAUAAUUAAAGUUAUAAUGGGAGAAGGUGAUGCCUUUGAAAAACAAAAUGAUCGAGUAGUUCAAAUACAAGGGAAGUCAUUUGAGAAUGAAUAUGCAUUAAGUUUUAUUGAUAAAACAUUAUGUUCUACAUUAUGUAAUGCUUUACUUCAAGUAAAAGCAAGAAAAGUGAGUGAUUCUGAUAUAGAGAAAUUAGAAUGUAAUGAAACAAAUAUUUUUCAAUUAAGAGACCUUGCAUAUAAAGCUAUGAGUACAAGAAAUCCUUCUGAGUUAUUGAGUAAAAUAAAUCCAAAAGAAAUUGCUCAAGGAUUGGUUCAAAUAUCAAAAACAAUAAAUGAAUCGACUUCCAAAGAAUUUAUGACUUGUGUCUUUAUUUUCGUAAAAGCAUUAUUGUUUAUUUCUGAUAAUCAAUUAAUGGAAGAACUAUAUAAACUAUCUGUAUUAAAAUCAUUAUUUGUUAUCCUUUCAUAUGAUCCAUUAUUUCUUUCUAAUAAUCGUCCAAAUUUCUUAGAAGAGUUUUACUCUUGUAUAAAUAAUAUGAAAGAAGUUAUUGAACAAACUGAAACAUUAACACAAUUAAUAGAAUACUCAUUUGCUUUAGUUUAUUUCCGUGAUGUUGUUAUUGCCAGAUUUUCUGAUGAAACAGUAUGUGCACCUAUAACUCUUAGAAUUGAUAUCCUCAAUAAAAAAAUCCUCAUUGAAACUAUUAAUAAUAAGUCUAUAGAAAAAUUAUUAGAAUUAUAUGAUUCAUCUCUUAAUCAAAUGAAACGUGGGAUUUGUAUUACUGUCAAAAAAAUGUGUAAUCAUCUUUUACUUUUUACUCUCCCUUUAAGAGAAGAAUAUGCUAAAUCAAUGAUUGAUCAAGGAUUAAUUAAAAUAAUAAAAAAGGGACUUCUUGAUGAUAAUAAAUCAUUCUGUUUAGAAGCAUUAAAUUCUUUAUUUCAAUGUAGUACAUCCAUUGGAUUAUUACUUAUAAAAGAUGAAAUACUUCAAUUAAUUGCAAAAACAAUACUCACUUCUUCAACAUCGUUUUAUUAUGGUGCAUUUCAAAUAUUAAUUGAUAUAUUAGAUGUUACUGAUGGAAAUGUUACGUUCGAAAGAGAAAUGAUUAAUACCAUGAUACCAUCUGUAAUAGACAUACUCAUUCAACCAUUAAAUGAUACUAGCCCAAUUCAAUUAACAAAUUAUAAUUCUUAUAUUUCUCAUAUUAGUUCUUUAGUAUAUCACUUAUCUUGUUCAACAGCAAUAUCAGUAAAACCAUAUAUUAUUCAAUGUGGAAUAUUUAAUAAAAUACUUCAAAAAUUACCUACUCUAACACACUCUUCACAAGCUUCAGUAUUACAAUCAUUAAGAAAUAUUAUUCGAUUGAAUAACCAAGAUUAUACUACUCAACUUCUUGAUGCUGGAAUGAUUGAAAUUGUUAAAGAAAUGAUACCAUCAAUGAGUGGAAUGACUCUUCCUAUUGCAUGUGAGAUUAUUGAUUCAUUCAAAAAUAGAAUGAGCAUUCUCCCUCUCUCUUCUUCUUCUUCAGUUCCAACUCCAGAAGUUACAAACGGAGUCCAAGAUUUGGCUCAACUAUCUCUUCCUUCUCCAUUAAAAAGACCAGUUGAUAUCGAAAAUACAAUGAAAAUGAUGGAAAUAGAUUCCCCAUCAAAAAGAAGAGUAAUGACUCCAAUAUUUUCACAAUAG